GGUCCGAUAUUUCGUGUCGGUCGUCCAUCUGACUCGUUGCGUGCCAAAACUCCGCUCAUACGCCUCGAUCCCCGUCGUGUUGCGAAUUGAUCUUCGAUUUAGGAUGUGGAGAGGCGAAAACACCCACAGGCGCAACGUCGGAACGAACUGCGUUAAUUAGCGUUUCAGCUGUUGCGGCUCUCUUUCCGUUUCCGACAUCAGAUGCGAUUUAACCUCCGACGAACACUGCCGGCAUAGGGUCCACGGCAACAUAUCGUGACAUUAGUUGUUUCGUAAACACGCUCGUUCAAAAUACAAUUUCUUUCCCUUUGGGAAAGAGAGGGAUGAUUGGAAAUGGAAAAGGACGGCGACAGCUUCCUGGAUUGGGAUUGGGACCUUGUUGCUGAGGAAGAGCUCCGAGCCAUCGAAGCCGUCUACUACUCCUCCGCCAAGAAGCGACGGAUUUCCUCCGAUCUUGACGCCGACGACCCUGCCCCCCUCCAUUCGCGACCAAGUGGCCGUCGUUUGCCCGACUGGGGCCGGGCCGACGCCACCGAGUCUCAGUGCCAUGGCGGGCACGGCGGCGGCGUGGCCACGGCGAUCGCCGAUCGGCCGCCGUCAUCUUGCCCUACAAAUGGGGCUUGGAGGGUCUCGCCACUUCGUUGCCCAGGUAAUUUCAAAGUGAGAUAUCCAACAAUGGCAUAUAGGGGGAGCAUCAUAUACUGUAGGACUGCUCCAGAAGUUGAGCAAGCGAGCAUGGAACUUUUAAAUAAAAUUAGAUCUAUGAAACAAUGUAUGGAUCAUGUCUCUCUUGGAUUUGACAUUGAGUGGAGACCUGUUUUCAAGAGGGGUGAAGCACCGAGGAAAGCUGCAGUUAUGCAAAUAUGCCUGGAAAAUGCCAGGUGUUAUGUCAUGCAUAUAAUCCAUUCUGGAAUUCCUCCUGGCUUGAAGUGUCUUUUGGAGGAUACUGUAUCUGUCAAAGUUGGAGUAUGUAUAGCCAAUGAUGCAUGGAAGAUGACAAAUGAUUAUAAUGUUUGUGUUGAACCAUUAGAGGACUUAUCGAGUCUUGCAAACCUCAAACUUGGUGGAGUGCCUAAGAGAUGGAGUUUGGCUUCUCUAACUGAAAUGAUUACAUGCAAGCAGGUUUUGUGA